CCCCCUCCUUCGGUCUCGCCGACCCCGUCUUGACCUUCCCCUGGACCCAAGGGUGUGCCAUGCAAAUUUUGGCUGCUUUAGCUCUUACAGGGACUGAAUGCAUAGAGAACAAACAUACAAACAAACAAACUUUCUUCUUUAUAUAUAUAGAUAAUAAACCUAUUAUUGGUGAGUCUAUUGCUCAACUUGAAGAAAUGAUUGGUAAAAUUUACACUUAUUUUGGUCGAAGUAGUAGACGUCAACAAAAAUUAAAAGUAUGGCGAAAUGUUUUGGAGAUGUCCGAAUUGAAGUUCAAACGAAUUUUCGAUAUUCGAUGGUCUUCCGUACGUGGCUGCAUCAAACCGAUAGUGGAGAAUAUUCAGCCAGGUAACUAAAGAUAAAAAUAAUUCUUGAUGGACUCAAUAAAGAAAGUUUUCUUUCUAAGGUUAUCAAGCAUUGCUGGCUUGUCUUCAACAAGCAUCAUCUGAUUUGAAUUCUUCGAGUGCUGAGCCUCAAUCGUCGAAAGAAUUACUAACGUUCAUAUUAAAUGAUAAUUUUUUGUUUUUAUUACACUUCCAUCAUGACUAGCAUGAGAUCAUUCUCGGUGAGUUCAUUUAUUUUUCAAGUCUUUUCAUUUAUCUCAGUUUAUUCACUUUUUUUCUUUUUAAUUUAGGACCUAUUACUAAACUUAUGCAAUAUGAUCAUUUGUCUUAUUUCACAUUAAUGGAAACGAUAAAAGAAAAACGAAAUGUAUUAAAAUGUUGGGCAUCUCAGUCGACAUUAACAAUGGGUCCAGCCCUGUCGGAUUACGUCCAGUUAACAGAUAAAGGAUCACUCGGUAGUUUCAAAAUAAAUAUGAAUAAUCGUCAAAAACUAUUCAAUGAUUGUUAUGCACACAUUGAACGUAUCUUUCGAGAAUUGGACAGACGAUUUAGUCCUUCAAAAGUACAAGAAAAUCUAUCAGUAUUAUUUGAUCCUCAAUAUCUGAUCAAAAAUAAAAAAAAAAGUAGCUUCACAAAUUCAGCGGAGUGUGAAAGAGGGUUCUCGGCAGCAAAUCGCAUACAAACAUCGGGAAGAUCCCACCUGAUGAUUUCGACUUUGGAAGUAUUAAUGAACGUCCGACUCUUACUAACAGAUGAUCUAAGAAGCGUAAGAUGA